AUGGUCUUGCCUGCAGCUUUUAUGUCAUCUCCAUGCCCCGACGAGGCAUCAGAUUUUCUUAAUAAUUCUUCAGUGCACUUCUCAGCCAAAUAUGGUCGAACGUGUCAUAUUCAAUACGGCCUUAAAAUGUUUUCUUUUCUAUUAAUUCUUACAUUUUACGAUUUCUUUCUCUCCUUCUUUCUUUCACCCAUUUUGUUUUUUUUUUCUAUUUCAAUAUCGCAUUCUUUUUGUCUAGUUGUUCCUUUCUUUUAUGUUGUUUUUUACUUUUUAUGUUUUCUUUCUUUCUUUCUUUUAUUUCAUUUUCUUUUUUCAUUUUGUUCUUUCAAUAUCAUACUCCUUUUUUGUCUCGUCUUUCAGUUUACCAUUUCUUUCUCUAUUGUUUUUCUUUCGUUUCUUUCUUUCCGAUUUCAUUUUAAAUUUCAUUUACUUUCUUUUUUCACUAUUGUGUUCUUUUUUCCAGUUUUUCGUUUUAUAUUUUCUUUCUUUCUUUUUCUUUCUUUCUUUCUUUCUUUCUUUCUUUCUCCCAUUUCAUUUUCUUUUUCAUUUUGUUUCUUUCAAUAUAAUAUUAUUUUCUGUCACGUCUUUCUUUUUUAUCGGUUGCUUUCUUUCUUUCUUUCUUUUUCUUUCUUUUUCCUUUUUUCUUUCUUUCUUUCUUUCUUUCUUUCCAAUUUCAUUUUAAAUUUCAUUUACUUUCUUUUUUCAUUAUUGUGUUCUUUUUACCAGUUUUUCGUUUUAUAUCUCCAUUCUAUUUCUUUCUUUCUUUCUUUUCGAUUUCAUUUUAAAUUUUUAUUUAUUAUAUUUUUCAGUAUUGUUUUCUUUCUCCAUUUUUCGUUUUGUAUUUCCAUUCUUCUUUCUUUCUUUCUUUCUUUCUUUCUUUCUUUCUUUCUUUCUUUCUUUCUUCAUACGACCAUAUUUCAAUUUCCCCUAUAUCAGACCCUCCCACUCUCUACCAACAAGACCAUUUUCCAUAUAUACACUCCUUUUCUUUUCUUUUUUUUCAAAUAG